AUGCUUUUAAACGACCAAAAAGACUCGUUCAUUGUCUCGGAAAUCGGCGCGCGAAUCCUCUUCAUUAAAGACAGGAAGUUGUUUGUCGGGAUGCUGAACAAACAGCAGACCGAGGAGGAUGUUUACCGCCUCUUCGAGCCCUAUGGAGUCAUCGAGGAGUGCACCUUCUCCACACACACCGAGGCUCAGUCUGCCAUCGGUGCCCUGCACGGCAGCCAGACCAUGCCAGGCGCUUCCUCCAGCUUGGUGGUCAAGUUCGCCGACACAGACAAGGAGCGCACCAUCAGACGCAUGCAGCAGAUGGUGGGGCAGUUUGGCAUCUUUAAUCCAGCCAUCGCCCUUCCCUUCAGCACCUACAGCUCUUACGCACAUGCGCUCAUGCAGCAGCAAGCGGCCAUCAUGGCGGCCAGCCACGGAGGUUACCUGACGCCCAGCGUGGCGUUCCCCACCACGCAGAUCCACCAGAUGGGGGCGCUCAACAUCAACAGCCUCCCACCCACCCCCAUGACCCCGGUGUCGGGCCUCAGUUCUCCACCCGCCAACAUCACCACCUCGGCAGUGCCCAGCCUCGUCACGCCCAUCGUCAACGGCUUCACCGGCAUCCCCCAUCAGCCCAACGGCCACCCGGCCGUGGAGGCCGUCUACACCAACGGCCUGCCGCCCUACUCCACCCAGAGCCCCACGGCCGCCGACACCCUCCAGCAGGCCUUCACCGGCGUGCAGCAAUACACAGCGAUCUACCCGGCCACCACGCUGACACCCAUCGGCCAAACACUGCCCCAGCCGCCACAGGUCAUCCAGCAGCAGCAGCAGAGAGAAGGUCCAGAGGGCUGUAACCUGUUCAUCUACCACCUGCCGCAGGAGUUUGGAGACAAUGAGCUCAUGCAAAUGUUUUUGCCCUUCGGUACCGUCAUCUCCUCUAAGGUCUUCAUGGACCGGGCCACCAAUCAGAGCAAGUUUCGUGAGCUUCGACAACCCUGCGAGUGCACAGGCAGCUAUCCAGGCCAUGAACGGCUUUCAAAUCGGGAUGAAGAGGUUGAAAGUCCAGCUAAAGAGACCGAAGGAUGCCAGCCGCCCUUACUGACACAGCCUACCUUCAGUAUUCACUGCAGCAGCACAGGUUUUAGAGGACACAUGAAGAUAUCCCGGAGGAGUUUUUUUUCUUUGAAAGCAAAAUAUGUUUAAAAAAAAAAAAAAAAUCAACACGUAAGGAAUUUUUUGGAGACAUAUCAGCAUUUACACAUGAAGACAUAGGUUAGGGCGGCGGGAGGAGAUGCGCCUCAUCGGGGGACGUGACCGUAACAGAUGGCACAGAGCAAGAACCGCGGGAGGAAAAAAAACCGAAAGAGAUGGGACGAGACUGAUCAACAGAACUUUUUUUCUCGUUGAGACUUGAAUUGUUAAUUAAGCAACAAACUAACAAACAAAAAAGCAGCAACAACAAAUAGAUUUCUAUAUACAUAUUAUAUACACACACAUAUAUAAAUAUAUAUAUAAGGAAAGAGGCGCUUGUGGCUUUUACUGGACAAAUGAGGGUUAAAACUUGAAGAUAAAAAAAAAAACAGUGGAGAAAAGAAGCUAUUCUAUACGUCCACUGACAGACUUUCUUUCUCUUUCCCUCUUUCUCUUAUUCUCUCACCGUCUCUCUCAGCAAGCGCAGAACUAUGACUCUUGGAGGUUACUGAGGUUUCCAUUAUCAACAGUAGAACUGCAAUUCUUUCACCCCUAAGGGACCAAAGGACCAAACAUUUUUAUUGUUCUGAACAGUAAUAUAUAGUAUUAAUGAUACUAAUACAACAAACUACUACUAAUAAUAUUACAAGUUAAACUUAAGAAGAAAACUAGCUUCAGGUUGAAAAAAAAAAGAGCAAGGGGUUUUGGAUUUCUUUUCCUUUUACAUUUAUAGCUACUGGGUUUGAGAAUAUUAAAACAACACAGAAAAUGUAUUAAAAAAAAAAAAAGAUAAAGCUGUACUAUUUUAGCGACGUAGUAUAUAUGGGUUAGACAUUGUUCCGGGCAUGUUCAGAUAUGUACUUUUCGCCACAUCAUCUUCAUCCCAGCAUUUCAUCUCGGAGGUGCGAUCUGUCUGUGCGAGCGUGUCGCAAAGACAGGAAACGAGUCCCUCAGUGCCAAAGGAGACGCCAGAACAGAAAGCUAAAAUCAAAGAACAACAGCAUGCAACCCCAAUUAGACAAAUCACAACAACGCAAAGCUCUGCAAAGCUCUAUCUGAGAGUUUUAUUCACGUCGAACAUGGAAAAAAUGUCAAUUGUAAACAGUGAGAUAGAAUUCUACGUUUGCAGGGGAAAGUACAUCUUGAAUUUGAUGCUAAUAGCAUGUCUCAGAACACAACUGGAGGAUUGUAAUGCAGCUAAUAAGGUCAGAGGGCAGUGCAGUAAUGUGGUUAGGUGUCAGAAAGCCCCUCAGAGGGUCAGAGCCUUAUGAAUAAAGUCUGCAUAUGUAACAACCUGCACAAUUAGAUUUUUUAAUAUCAUCACCGAUGUUGGUUUCCCUUUAAACGUAUUCCAAAUAAUGGACGCCGCUUUCUCCUAGCUUAUGAAAAUGAAACCUUUUUGAGACAUUAGCAUCAAAUCUAAGACAUGUGCAACACCCAACAUUCUGCAGAUAAUGAUGAAUCAUCUUACUUUUGACAUUUGACUUUUUUUCCACAUUUCCCGUGAAUAAAACACGAGUUUCAGAUUUUCACAAGUCGUUGCAUUGUGCUUACAUUGACAUUUUCCUCAGCACAGCACAGAUUUUAGACUUGGGGCCGCCCUCCAUUGUCGGAGUUCAGUAAGCGAUUGUCAUUGCGAAGCAUUCCAUGUUAUCAUUAAAGCCUUGAUAGGACAAAUAAUCUGACCAUAAAGCACUGUGGUAAAAGUGCCACCCGGCUGAGCUGGAUCCAGCAGUAAAACAGCACCGCAUCUGGAGCUGCUUGAUAAAACAUACAAAUGAGCCUGACAGCAGCUGUGAAAAAAAAAGAAAGAAAAAGAAAAAAUCUAUUCGAUGCGUCGCAUCGGUCCCGGCCGGGUCACGCCCACUCCCACUGCCAGUCUCCUCCAGCUGCUCUCAGAAGGACAGAGUGGACCCCCCUCCCCCACCCCCCCUCCACCCCACCCCCUUCUUCUCCGUCACCUCCAAGUGCCAGAGCAGCUCCCAGCUACCGGGGACCAUCGGUCGGCCGUCGGGGGCUCCGGAGCUAACCCACAGCUUAAUUACAGUAAUGAUGAUAUUGAUCAGAUGGUGUUGGGGGGGGGGUGGGAUGCACAAUCAAUUCCACGUUGGCAUUCGAAUGAAGUGACUGACGGAGUUCAUCUUUCCCCUCACGGAUUAGGCAGGAGGCCCGUUUUUCAGGAUCCAGAAUUAGACGUGUGUAGUUUAUGAUGCCGUGACCCGGUCUGUACAUAGAGUUCAGAGUAGACGGUACGAGUUCUUCAGUGAAGAGCAGCUGCGUAUAUAUUUAUUUAUUUUCCUGAAGGGUGUAAUAGCACAGUGAGAGCUCGCAGUGAGAACGUGAGAGGCAGCCUGGCAUUACCGGCCUUAGGAGGUCAAAUUAAGAGCAAAAUGAUCCAUCAAUUAGACGGCAGCGAGCGUGUUUUCUGCCCCAGCUGCUGCUGCUGCCUCCACCAUUACGGCCUGGUCGCCACAUCACGCCGUGCACCACGUGACUAAUUAACCGCCGUCAUCCACAGGGAAGUUUUCGGCACCGGGAGACACAGUCGGCACGUCCGAGAUGAAAUCUUGUUUGUUUUUUUUUGUUUUUACCGGAUCAACUUUGUUCCCAUUUAGUCGUCUCUUAACGAGCUUUUCUUAAUCUUUGAGUCGUUCAUUUCCCCCGACGCCGUCCGUUCGUCGUCGUUGAGUUUGCUCUCUGAAGCAUCUUGGCCCUCAGGACUCUGUGAGACUUCAGCACUCUCAUCGCCCGCUCUGACUUCAGUGCUUCAGACAUCACAUCACAGCGCCUGUCCCGUCCACUGAAGCAGAAUCCUCUGAAAAGACCCAGACUACGCCUUUGUGGUCGCUCGGAAAAAAAGAAAAAAAAGAAAAAAAAAGAAAGAAAGAAAUUCUCCAGUGACUCCCCCAGAUCCUGAUGGCUGUAUGCUGGGGUUUGAUGCUACUUUAGCUGCUCUGCUCCGGGUUCCCCUUUAGCGGCCGCUAUGUGUUGCCCUGCUGCAAACAGCGAUUAGACGCAGUAGGAAAACGAUUCUAGACUUGCCUUGUCUCAUCACGAAUUGCCAAAUUAUGCAAGCGUUUCCACUCCGCCUCCCCGUCAGGACUUUUAACACGUGCCAGACCUCCUUAAAAAAACCUAGUCUUCGGGAUUUGCUGAUUUUCAGGAAACGUUCAGCAGAGUGAAAUAUUUGCUUUUCUGAUACAGCGUGACAUUGUGGGAGGAGGGUCAGCUCAGGCUGUAAUGAUAUACAAUAUAGAUUUCCAGUGAAAAGGUUAGAUUUCUUAUAUAUUUGCCAGAAGACAGCUUUUAUUCCCCUGGCGAGUUAAUGUGAGUUUCCUCGCGGCUGUCAGGGCCGGGCAGCUUCAGAAAACUGCCGUACAUGCCCUCCCUCCCCCCAGGCGACGGGAGUUUUACUUGAGAAGUUGUUGUUGUUUUUGUUAAAUUAUUGAAAUCAAAUUAACUUUUGCCUUCACAACAGCUGGAGUAAAGCAAAUUACACAUACCAGCUGUGACUGAAAUGAGUUUGAAAGAACUUUGAAAGCUUAUUUCGACCAGCAACUAAGUUUAGAGGUUCGUGGACAGAAAAAGGUGCAGAAGCCUAGACAAACAUAUCUGACUUAUGAUUAUGAAACGGUAAUCACCUGACUGAUUUCCCAAGAGGAUAAUGAGUUGUUCAACAUCACAGAGUGGUUACAAAUGACAGAAAUAUUGUGGGGGA